ACAAAGCAAUGCUAAUUGUAACAAACAUUUAAAUGUCAGAGUAAAAACGUCUGUUCUUGAACUCUUCUGCACCAGCACAUGUAAAUAAAUAUUGUAUGCACUUACUGUAUGUCGCAGACUAACGAUCACUUCCACUGAACCUGUGAAUAUAGUAUUUCAUACCCCCACCCUAGUACACGGAACCCAGAAUGAAUUCAAAAUAUAAACAGAGUGAUUCACUUCUGACCUGAUUUUGGAGAUAAAGUUCUAUAUAAUGUUUAUUUACGGUCCGUUUAGAUGUGUAUAGGUAAGUAGGCUGUCAAUAUUGGCCUUUCCCCCGCGGAUAUAUCACCCGAAGUUCAUGUUUUUCACAUUAAGCACACUGAAAAUUCGACCGGAACAAUGCGCUACUUGUGCAGGUAUGUUUUUAGUGUUUAAAGGUGGUUUUUAUCCAUUGACUGUCAAUGACUUUGUCUGUGUUUAAACGAGCAUAUUUGAAAUUGAUCGACAUGCUAUUCAAAUAAUUGAAACAUGCGUUACAAUUAUUAAAAUAAAAUCAGUUAAAAUAAAUCGAAAAUUUAUAUAGAAAGUUUUUGUCAGUGCAUUGAACGAUAUCUGGUAAGCAUGCAUGUUGGGCUGUCAGGUAAAACAAAUGCUAAUUGAAAUAAUUAAAUACAUUGACACGAGAACUAAUGUAGGUCAAGUUUGUAAUUCGCCUAGCUCGAGGGCAAUGUUUUCCAUUCUUAUCACCAAAAUAUAUUCAGAUCUCCAUUUGUCACCUGGAAAAGCAGGUGUUUAAAAAAAGCGUGGAGAGACAAACGUAAGUUCUAGCUGAACGCCAUGCAAUGAUCUGGAGAUGGCAGACGGCAUCCGAUACAAUGUGACCGCCUGCACGUUUUGGAUCAUAGCUGCUGCAACUGUAGUGUCAUCAGCCUCCUUUGCAUCGGCUUGUUUGAUUGGAAUAGACGGAUGUUGUUCGGGAGAGUCAUGUUUUAUGUUAGAGAUUGCUACCAUAAGUUUCGUCAUCAUGUCUCUUUUGAUUACAUUCUACCAAUGCUACAGACAAAAGCUGAAGCAUGCAGCGUCCCCUAGCUUUUACGUGGAUACAAUCAACAUGUCCUCCGACACGAACAUUAACACGCGCUAUACACCACUUCCGGUCAUUAUGUCGAAAAUAGAGGAACAUAAAGAAGAAUUACUAAGACAGGUACCGGAAACAGAUGUUCCAGAUGAUUUUGAAUGUGCAAUAUGUAACGAGAGUAGUACUACCCAGGUGUCCCAGCUGUCAUGUGACCACUUCUUUCAUAAGGCCUGUGUGCUCAGGUGGUUUAUAUCGAACUCCCAGCAUACCUGUCCGGUCUGUAGGAGCUGCCAGAUUCCCCAAAACCACCUGUUGGUGAUAACUGUCCUCCCUGGGAUCGGCUCUCGACCUCCAAGGACGUCACAGCUUUGAAGUUGGUGCUGGUCAGGGUGAAACCUUUAAACACCGGAAGUUGGAGUCAGGUCAAAGGUGUUAUCCAAUGUGAAACCUCAGAAACACGGGUGAUACGAACGUUAAAAGAGUGAAUUUAGAGAUCAGUGAACACCAACAGACAUAACUGGACGUGUGGUCCCGGUAUGAACCAUUUCAGGUCCUCGUGUUGUGAGAAGAGAGAGUCAUGUAGGACACGAAAUGCUCAAUAAUCGCGAUUCAUAGAAAAUACCAAGCGAAAGAUUUAACAUGGAAUUUUAUGGAGAAACAAUACAGUACUGUAUAGAGAUAAAAAAAUAAAUACUGGGCAACAUAUCUUCUCUAUAUAUAGGUCAAGUAUUAAUUAUUACGUUUUAAUAACCGAAACAUGUUAAUGUGAAUAGAUGAUAAUUAUAUUGAGGUAUGAUAUAGAUCGACAAUUACUGAUUUUCAUCAUGACAAAAGAAAAAGGAAGAAUAACAAUGUGUUCAAAUGUACAUAAUGUAGUAGAAAUCACAUAACACAUGCUGUCAAUUUCAUAUAUAUUUCUGAACAGCAUGAUAUUUUCCACAACUGACACUAUGUGAAUAUUUUGUUAUCGCCAUUCAGCACAUGUGUAGAAGUUCUUGAAUGUCCUCAAUCAUACUUCUGUGGUUAAAGAAUGCAGGGCACUUAAAUAAUCUGGUUGGUUCUUGUUCAAUGUAUUUAAUUUGUUUAAUGUUUGCUUGUAUUUAUCUACUGUUUGUUUUAAAAAAUCUCAGGGAGCUGUUUUUAAACUAGCAUUAAAGGUGUUUAUCAUAGAUAA